CGUCCUCCAGGGAUUUCUGACUGUGGAGUUCUGGCUGACUCGGUUUCUACUAUUAACAGGUCCCACACACAGUCCCGGCGGCCCCAUGGUGUGCGGUUGCCCGUUCGGGCGGAGACGGAAGCGGCGCCGGAGACCACCCAGCUCAGUGAGUGCUAUUUCGGUCAAGGCAAUGGCUCCAAGGCUGCAGCUGGAGAAGGCGGCCUGGCGCUGGGCAGAGACGGUGCGGCCCGAGGAGGUGUCGCAGGAGCACAUCGAGACCGCCUACCGCAUCUGGCUGGAGCCCUGCAUCCGAGGCGUGUGCAGAAGGAACUGCAGAGGAAAUCCGAAUUGCUUGGUUGGAAUCGGCGAGCACAUUUGGUUAGGAGAGAUAGAUGAAAAUAGUUUCCAUAGCAUCGAUGAUCCCAACUGUGAGAGGAGGAAAAAGAAUUCGUUUGUGGGCCUGACUAACCUGGGAGCCACCUGUUACGUCAACACCUUCCUCCAGGUGUGGUUUCUCAACCUGGAGCUGCGGCAGGCGCUGUACCUCUGCCCCAGCACCUGUGGUGACUACACGAAGGGAGACGGUGUUCAUGGAGGAAAAGAUUAUGAGCCUCAGACCAUUUGUGAGCAUCUUCAGUACUUGUUUGCUUUGUUGCAAAACAGUAACAGACGAUACAUUGAUCCUUCUGGAUUUGUUAAAGCCUUGGGCUUGGAUACUGGGCAGCAGCAGGAUGCACAAGAGUUUUCCAAGCUCUUUAUGUCACUGUUGGAAGACACUUUGUCUAAACAGAAGAACCCGGAUGUUCGGAACGUCGUGCAGCAGCAAUUCUGUGGCGAGUAUGCCUACGUGACUGUGUGCAAUCAGUGUGGCCGAGAGUCUAAGCUGGUAUCAAAGUUCUAUGAACUGGAGUUAAACAUCCAAGGCCACAAGCAGUUAACAGACUGCAUCUCCGAGUUUCUGAAGGAAGAAAGAUUAGAAGGGGAUAAUCGCUACUUCUGUGAAAACUGUCAAAGCAAACAGAAUGCUACACGGAAAAUCCGACUUCUGAGCCUCCCUUGCACUCUGAACUUGCAGCUGAUGCGGUUCGUGUUUGACAGGCAAACUGGACACAAGAAGAAGCUCAAUGCUUAUAUCGGCUUCUCGGAGAGUCUAGACAUGGAGCCGUACGUGGAGCACAAAGGCGGGUCCUUCGUGUAUGAGCUCAGCGCUGUCCUCAUUCACAGAGGAGUCAGCGCCUACUCUGGCCACUACAUUGCCCAUGUGAAAGACCCUCAGUCUGGAGAAUGGUACAAGUUCAAUGACGAGGACAUAGAGAAGAUGGAGGGGAAGAAGCUACAGCUAGGGAUUGAGGAAGACCUAGCAGAACCUUCUAAAUCCCAGACCCGUAAACCCAAGUGUGGCAAAGGAACUCACUGCUCUCGAAAUGCAUACAUGCUGGUUUAUAGGCUGCAAACCCAGGAAAAGAACCACACAAUGGUUCAAGUCCCAGCCUUUCUUCAGGAGCUGGUAGAUCGGGAUAAUUCCAAAUUUGAGGAGUGGUGUGUUGAAAUGGCUGAGAUGCGCAAGCAGAGCGUGGACAAGGGCAAAGCGAAGCACGAGGAGGUGAAGGAGCUGUACCAAAGGUUGCCUGCUGGAGCUGAGCCCUAUGAGUUCGUCUCUCUGGAAUGGCUGCAGAAGUGGUUGGAUGAAUCAACACCCACCAAACCUAUUGAUAAUAAUGCUUGCCUGUGUUCCCAUGACAAGCUUCAUCCAGAUAAGAUAUCAAUUAUGAAGAGAAUAUCAGAAUAUGCUGCUGACAUUUUCUAUAGUCGAUAUGGAGGAGGUCCAAGACUUACUGUGAAAGCCCUUUGUAAGGACUGUGUUGUAGAACGCUGUCGUGUGCUGCGCCUGAAGAAUCAGCUGAAUGAAGAUUACAAAGCUGUCAACAAUUUGCUGAAAGCAACAAUCAAGGGCAGUGAUGGCUUCUGGGUAGGAAAGUCUUCCUUGCGUAGCUGGCGUCAGCUGGCUCUUGAACAACUAGAUGAACAAGAUGGUGAGGCGGAGCAAAGCAAUGGGAAGAUGAACGGGAGCCCCUUCAAUAAAGAUGAAUCGAAGGAAGAAAAGAAAGAAGAGGAGGAGGAAUUAAAUUUUAAUGAAGACAUUCUUUGUCCUCAUGGGGAGUUAAGCAUAUCUGAAAAUGAAAGAAGGCUCGUUUCUCAAGAGGCUUGGAGCAAACUGCAGCAGUAUUUCCCAAAGGCUCCUGAAUUCCCAAGCUACAAAGAGUGCUGCUCGCAGUGCAAGAUACUAGAACGAGAAGGUGAAGAAAAUGAAGCCUUGCAUAAAAUGAUCGCAAAUGAGCAAAAGACUUCACUUCCAAACUUGUUCCAGGAUAAAAACAGACCGUGUCUCAGUAACUGGCCAGAGGACACGGACGCACUCUAUAUUGUGUCGCACUUCUUUUUAGAUGAAUGGCGGAAAUUUGUUAGAAAGCCUGCAAGGACUACUCCGGUGUCAUCAAUUGGGAAUGCUGCCCUUCUGUGUCCACACGGAGGACUCAUGUUUACAUUUCCUUCCCUCACCAAAGAAGACUCAAAACUCUGUCAACCUUUAGAAAGAAGAGAAGGAAGCUGGCCCACUGCAGCACAUAAUAAUAUAGCUCUCAUAUGGCCCAGCGAAUGGCAAAUGAUUCAAAAGCUCUUUGUUGUGGAUAAAGUAAUUAAAAUCACAAGAAUUGAAGUGGGAGACGUAAACCCUUCUCAAACACAGUAUAUUUCUGAGCCUAAUCUCUGUCCGGAUUGCAGAGAAGGCCUGCUGUGCCAGCAGCAGCGGGACCUUCGAGAGUAUACCCAAGCCACCAUCUAUGUCCACAAAGUUGUGGACAACAAAAAGGUGAUGAAGGACUCGGCUCCUGAGUUGAAUGUGAGUAGUUCUGAGACAGAAGAAGACAAGGAGGAAGCUAAGCCAGAUGGGGAGAAAGAUCCCGACUUCAAUCAAAGCAAUGGAAGUACCAAGCGACAGAAGACAUCCCAACAGGGCUACGUGGCCUACCAGAAGCAGGUCAUCCGCAGGAGCACGCGGCACAGGAAGGUUCGGGGAGAGAAGGCGCUACUGGUGUCUGCCAACCAGACGUUAAAAGAAUUGAAGAUUCAGAUCAUGCAUGCAUUUUCAGUUGCUCCAUUUGACCAGAAUUUAUCAAUUGAUGGAAAGAUUUUAAAUGAUGACUGUGCCACCCUUGGAACCCUCGGCGUCAUUCCUGAAUCUGUCAUUUUAUUAAAGGCUGAUGAACCAAUUGCAGACUACGCUGCAAUGGAUGAUGUCAUGCAAGUUUGUAUGCCGGAAGAGGGCUUUAAAGGUACAGGCCUACUUGGACAUUAAUCUCUGACCACUCGCUGACUGCCAAGGAAUGACCAGAAAGGAAGACGAACUUGACAUGUUAGGGCGUUAAAGAAAAUGUGGAUUUAAGAAUUAAACUCUUACCUGGCUCUUCCAAAAGGCAAAAAAAAUCCAUUCAAAAGAGACUGUCCCAAUUGCCUUAUGUCAAAUAAAGCAGAUUGCACUGAUGGACAUCAGACUUGAAGGAAACGUUUCAGAUUUUCUAUUUAAGGUGGGAGGGAGAGGGCAAGUGAGGACUGAGCAGGCAGAGUAGCAGUAAGAGUAAAUCAUGUUUACACAGGAGGGGAUAAAGUCCUGGUCAUUUUCAUACAGAUGGCCUGCUCAGUAGCAGAUCUGUCACAGUACAUGGGCUGGCAUCCUGCUCCAAACUCCAAGUGACUGUCUAGAGACAAGACCCGCUAAGCCAACCUGUCUUUGACCUACAAUCAUCUUUGAAUGAAGCAUGAAAGUGAAGGACUUGGCAACAAAGAGCACCGGUCCUGCGGGACAGCCACAGCCCUGCCCUCUGCUCACUGUCUCAGUGCUGGGUAGAAGGCUCAAGCCAGGGACUGUCUCAGUUCCUCUACCAUUCCAGAGGUGAUGGGAAAUGUUCUGUGUGGUGGCAGCAAAGAGCAUUUGAAAAGCAGGAUGGAAGAGUGCGCCUUGACUGAAGCUCCGUGAGACAGGUUUCCACAGACAGCCCUCCUGUUCUCCGGUUCUGCCUUCCUCGGACCUCACUACUUCUGGAAACCAUUCUUCUGAUAGACCGACCCUAAGGGGCAUUUUGAGUGGAGGGACAAAGGAUUACAGGGUGUGCUGUCUCACCAACUCAGGAUCACUGUUGAUGAUGGUUCAAGCAGCACCAGGAUCUGCACAAACUGGAAAGGUUUUAGCCGAGCAUGGGGCUGGGCUGGGCAGCAAUUUGCGUUUUCUCUAUUGAGUGGGUGUUGGUGUGUUUGUGGCCCAGUUGCUGACAUAGGUGGGGUUCCCCCCCCCUUUUUUUUUAAUUUUUAAAUCUCUUGUUUGUUUAAAAACUUUAACUGAUGUAUACAAGCUGAUUUCAACAUUAGCAUCUUUUGGUAGCUUUCUGCCAGUGCUUAUGGCUGCUGGUAAAACUCCCAAUGUGGUAUUUAUGUUUGCAAUGAAGAGUGAGUGUUUUAGAGAUGAUGAAAAGUGCAGGCAAAGCCAGGAUUGCUGCACACCGUCCUGGAAGACUGACUGACUACUCAAGGAGCUCCUGCCUUCGUGGAUAUAGGGACACGCCACGCGGGACCGUCGCUUUCAGAUCUGCCACUUACUGAGCACCACGGAAAUGGGACCAAGCCUCACUCACCAAGAGCCCACGCUUUCCCAAGGUCAAGACAAUUGAAAGGUCACCAGAUAUUUGACAAAUGGCCUUUACUGUCCUUACAAAGAACCCGGAGCUCGUGGCUGUGGGUGCAGGACCUCGGCACCCCUAAAAGGUGGUGGGCUGGGUGGCAAGAAGCAGCUGUUCCUUACCCCUUUCCUGGGAUUGAAUGUGCACAAGUCAGAAGUUAGCACUGUGAGGUUGGUUGCAUAGGCAUCCUUUGUUUCCUUUACAUAAUGUUAACAAGGUAAUAGCCAUUAACUCUAGUGAGGCAGAUACAGGUGGGGCAGACCCCGGUUCGUUCAGCCAGCUAAAGUGCUGCUUCUGCCUCCCAGCCAGUGUCCGCCACUGCAUAGCCUUAUUGGGACUUCAGCUCAGACCCUCACUCACCGGACAAGGCCACCCCCGAAAAGCUUGGGGUCCCUGGGCUCUGGCUUCCUCACAGCUUGAAGCUGACAAAUUUCCAGAAUAUGCACUUGGACUUACAAGCUGCUGUGUUCCUGCUUACUAUUCCAUGCUGUUUGGUUGUCCUCUGAGCUGGGACAGCCUUACAGCACAGGCGAGCUAUUCUGCUGGGUUCUAAAGUUACAUUCAGAGACUGCAUUAAACCAGAUUAUGAAUCUCUAGUCUUUGUUUCCUUUUUCUUUCCCAGGCAGGGUCUCCUGUAACCCAGGCUGGCCUUGGACUCUAUGUAACCAGGAUAACCUUAACUUCAGAUCUUCCUACGUCCCUCCUCCCAGGUGCUGGCAUUGCAGGCACGUGACCACUGGGACAGGUUUCCUGUGCUGUGCUGAGGUCCGAGCCCAGGGCUUCGUGCACACUAGACUAGCAUUCUGCAUACUGACCUACAUCCCCUGCUCUCCCCGUGUAUAUUUCUAAUCAUUCUUUAAUCCCAAGCAAAUGUGUAGAGUCUCCUAUGCUGAAAUGGUUUUUGCCAUUACCAGACAUGUAGGCUAUCAUUGAUGUCUUUAUUCCCUGAGAGAAACCUUUUCUGUAUUUAUGAACUUUAUUAUUAAUAAUCACUGUUAACCUUUCUGCCAAAUUAAAGACACGUGUGUCUCUGUUUCCACAGACCUUUA